UAACUGAUACUGUUGAUACCUCUGCUAAGGAAAAAAUGAACCAAAUAAAGAGUUUGUACAAGAAAGCUGGAAUGGGAAAGAAGAAGAAAACUGAAGUGAAAUAUGUAAGGGCACGUAAAAGUUUAGCAGGGAAGAAGGCAGUCCGUCCCAAAGGAAUCAAAGGGCCAUACAAGAUGGUCGACCCAAGGAUGAAAAAGGAAGUCAGAGCCAAACAAAGAUCAGAGCAAAAGAAAAAGAAAGGCGGAGGAAGGAAAAGGUGACUUUAGCUCCAGUGAUGUGUGAGUCAAUCAAGCUGAUACUUGCAAGAAAAGAAAUGAAUAGCCACAUUACAUGACAAAGUAGAAUUCCACGGCAGUUGUUUAGCAUUGAAAGAGACUUACCUUUAUGUAAAUUUCAUAAUGUUAUUAUGAAAUUAGUUUAACAUGAAUAAUAUACAUGAAUGUAAAAGAAUGA